CAUCGCAUGGGAACAGCCAACGGUCUGCUCUCCUCCCACUGGUGGCGCGCUGCUUCGGGCGAGUGCACUGCUGCCUUGGGUUCUUCAGGUGAAGGAGUGCAGGUUUUCGCUUAAGUUGAGCCAGAAGAUUCAGAGGCUUGGAAUCUGCUGGAAGAUGGUGAAAUUAGGGAGUAAUUUACAUGACAAAGACAGCAAGCCGGCGAGUGCGGAGGAUGGCUUUCAGAAUGUUCCUCUGAUCGCACCCUUGGAUGUAAACCAUCUGCAGUAUUCUGCUCCAGACAAGGUGGUUGUGAAAACAAGAACUGAAUAUCAGACUGAUCAGAAAAUCAAGGGAAAGCCAAAAGCCCCCAAAAUUGAGGAGUUUACCAUUAGCUUCAAUGAUGGUGUUUCAGAACGUCUUAAGGUGACCAUACUCAUCUUCCUGGCCCUGGCCUUCCUGGCCUGCAUAGUUUUCCUGGUCAUCUACAAAUCCUUCACUUACGACCACAGCUGCCCAGAUGGAUUUGUGUACAAGCACAAGCGUUGCAUCCCAGCCUCCCUGGAAGCCUACUACUCUGCGCAGGACUCCAGCUCUCGAAGCCGCUUCUACACAGUCAUUAGUCACUACAGCAUGGCCAAGCAGACCACUUCUCGCUCUGUAUCCCCUUGGCUACCGGCGGGCUCAGUGGAUCACGAAGUCAGAGGUCCAAAUAAGGAGGCCCACUGAGGGCCAUGGCAGUACACGCAGAGGCUUGCUAAUUGUCUGCCAAAGUUUCUCAGUUCCUUGUCGUUGCUGUUUUGUAUUUGAGAUGAACGAGCGUUUGUACAAAGGCAUGAUCAGUGUUGGUGAAAUUGUUUUCCGUCUGCUGCUUCCACUGGCUUUCUGGUCAGAUGGCUGCUGUAUGUAAUGGCUCCGAUUUCUUUUGACAGCCAAAUCGGAGACAUGCAGGCACAUUUCUUGUAAAUAUGCAGAAGGGAGCUCAUAUUUCAUCCUAUGCCAAGUAACAUACUUGUAAUGAAAUGAGGUGCGUUUUUGUUCCCUUGUGCUUGACUUGUGUAGGGCUGCCAGCUGGCUGCAUGAAAGUGGGUCAUGGCGGUCCAGCAUGCCUCGUUGCUUGCUCAGUUCAUCUGUCACAAUGCAAAGUGCUGCAAUACUUCUGUCAGGAAAUGAGAGGUCGGUGUACCAAGUCACUAAGUUAGAAGCUACUUGCACAUCAGUACCCACCUCAGCAGAUGGGAAAACACUCAACUGUCUCAGUUCAAACUGCCAUAGAAGCCAGUAGCCAUCGAGUGUUCAGUUCUCAGGAGAUGGGAGGGUGUUAAUCUUGCUCAGUUUCCACAGUGCCUGGAAGCUGGAAGACACUGGCCAAUUAAGUGUCCUCGUCACUGAAGGUAGAAGGAAGCUGAUUGGCAGGCUUUUCCAUCAGUUUGGACAGCACUUUUGCCCCAUGCAGUUUAAAUCUUUGUUGGCAGCAAUACAUUCCAGGUGCCAUCUUCAAGGCACUAUGACAACUGAGCAGAAGUUAACAACACCUGCAUAGUGUGGUGUCCUUAUGUGGCCAGCUGGCAGCCCCAUACUUGUGAAACUUUUUUAUUGCUCCAGAAAUAAACUCUUUUCUUUGUUUAACUGAAAGAAA